CAGGCUGCGUUUGCGUUAUGAUCACAAAAACUGCUGUCUUUUGAUACGCUUUACAACUGGCGAAGAGUGACGUGAUUCUGUAUUACGUCAGAAUAAGCAUCCAAUCAGAUCAGCUCCUCGCCUUUCCCUUAAAAGCGGCGCGUGCGCCGGCGGGAGAGCGCAGUCCCAUGUUCGCCAUGGCAUCGUUUGUAGAGGAGGAAACACUCCGCCAAAGAAAAUUCACAGAAGAAGAAACAGCCAGACUGGUGCAGGAAGUGCAGCAUCGUCAUGACCAGAUAUACGGCACACGAGAAAGGAUUCCCAGGUCUGAUGAUGUGAGACAUGCUUGGGAGGAGGUGGCUACACUCCUAAAUGCCACCUCUUCCACUGGCUCAGUGUCGGAAACGCUUUAACGAUGUCAGGCGACGAGCCAAACAGCAUGCAGCGUCCAGGGGCCACAUGCAUGCUGCAGGAGGAGGCCCUUCAGUUAGCCAGAGCCUCAGUGCAGCUGAGCACAUGGCUGUCUCCACACUCUCCCAGGACAGCAAAAUAGGAUUAGAGGGUAUUGAAAUCGGCUUAUCAGCUCCUCAGGCUGACGGUGCGCAGGGUCCUAAAUCAGAAGCAGCGAAGGAGGAGAUGGCAGAAUUAGAUGAGCCUGUGCAACAGAGGGGAAGGAGCCAGAACAGCCAGCAAAGAGCGAGUGACCUGGCAUUUUUAGAUCUCCAACAAGGUGGAUUUACCAUGCUGCAGAGGGAACUGGGGGCUCUUAGACGCUCUGUGAAUACCCGUCUCUGCAGGAUGGAGAGCAGAGUAUACCCCCUGCUGGUGUCGACUGAGGUCAACUUAAGGAGACUAGCUGAUGCUGCCGAGCGAUGCUGUCCCCCUUUUGGCAACACAGAAUCCCCAUCUGUGCGGGCAGCUACUCAAAGCCGUUCCUUUGGUUUGCCCCCGAGAAGGGGGAGGAGAGGGCAUUACAUUAAUAUUUGGUUGUAAUUUUUUAUUCUUUGCUACAUAUUAAACAAGGUUUAAUGGUUCUAGUGUGCAGCCUCAGUUAUUUGUUUUGGCUUGUACUUAGUAAGGAAGAAAAUGUGCAGCUAGUCGGUUGUGUGUCUCCUGUUUUAAAGUGUUUAAUGCCAUCCAGGCUCUUCGUAUGACAAUAAUUGAUCAUCUUAUAGAUUUUAGGUAAUAAUAAUUAUGCACAUUCAGUAGUCACAACUGAGUAGUUUGUUCUAUUUUUUUAAUUAAAUAAUUUAGAUAGUUAAUUCAGUAGUGUAAACUAGCCUAUUUUAUGUAGAAGUGGGGUAACACAAAACUGUGGUGAAAGAAAUGGGCCAGCACUUCAAAGUCUUCACUUUAGGAAGUCAGAAAAAGCACAGUUAUAGCCUUCCAUCUCUGUCUGUAUGCCUCAGGAGGCAGUAAAUUAAGUGCAGUUUUGGUCUGCAGUGGGUGCAAAAAUACCACUGCACCAGCAAAUUUUUCAAAUGUCACACCCCCCUGCUGCAGCACUCCGUCCACGUGAGCACAGAUGUGUUUAUUUUUGGCCAUACAAA